ACAGCUUUUGGCAGGUGAACAAAAUUUCAACCGCUUAUCCUGAAGGACGUGGGCGACUUGGAGUUCUUCGCUGCGAGGCUACGUUCUUACUCUUUGGAAAUUCUGAAAAAGAGAGGCUACAAACGUCCACAAAAAUGUCGGGACUGAAUCGCUCUUUUACCUUGCUUAGAAGUGCAAUAAGACCACAGAUUAUUCCAAAAGCCAACAUAUCUGCCAAGCCAGCAAAACAUGUCCUGGGUGUUGGCGAGCAAGCCUUUGUGUUGGCCACCAUGUUCGUCACUAUACUGGGACCUUCUGGAUGGAUCCUGGCCAAUUUGGAGAACUACAAAAAACAUGACUGACAUGAACAACUGUGAUCCGCGAUCUGUCCAUUCCUUCCAGAUGAACCAUCCAGUGUGCUUCUCUUAAUAAAUUCUUGUACCUACA